GCCCCGCCCCGCCCCUCUGGUCGCGAAGCGGUGCCCAGCGCCAGCAGGGCCCGGCCCCGCGAUGCCACACGCAACCCAGCUGUACCAGCAUGUGCCGGAGUCCCGCUGGCCCAUUGUGUACUCACCACGUUACAAUAUAACCUUCAUGGGCCUGGAGAAGCUGCACCCCUUUGAUGCAGGAAAAUGGGGCAAAGUGAUCGGCUUCCUAAAAGAAGAGAAACUUCUAUCGGACAACAUGCUGGUGGAGGCCCAGGAAGCCUCAGAGGAGGACCUGCUGGUGGUGCAUACAAGACGCUAUCUCAAUGAGCUCAAGUGGUCCUUUGUUGUGGCGACCAUCACGGAAAUCCCCCCUGUCAUCUUCCUCCCCAACUUCCUGGUGCAGAGGAAGGUGCUGAGGCCCCUUCGGACCCAGACAGGAGGCACCAUCAUGGCAGGGAAGCUGGCCAUAGAACGCGGCUGGGCCAUCAACGUGGGGGGCGGCUUCCACCACUGCUCCAGCGACCGGGGCGGGGGCUUCUGUGCCUACGCGGACAUCACGCUGGCCAUCAAGUUUCUGUUUGAGCGCGUGGAGGGCAUCUCCAGAGCCACCAUCGUGGAUCUUGAUGCUCACCAGGGCAACGGGCACGAGCGGGACUUCAUGGGCGACAGCCGCGUGUACAUCCUGGACGUCUACAACCGCCACAUCUACCCUGGGGACGGCUUCGCCAAGCAGGCCAUCAGGCGGAAGGUGGAGCUGGAAUGGGGUACAGAGGAUGAUGAGUACCUGAUUAAAGUGGAGCGGAACCUCGAGAGAGCCCUCCGGGAACACCCGCCCGACGUGCUGGUAUAUAACGCGGGCACCGACAUCCUCGAGGGUGACCGUCUUGGGGGGCUGUCCAUCAGCCCACAGGGCAUCGUGAAGCGGGAUGAACUGGUGUUCCGGAUGGUCCGUGGCCAACAGGUACCCAUCCUCAUGGUGACCUCGGGUGGGUACCAGAAGCGCACGGCCCGCAUCAUUGCCGACUCCAUCCUCAACUUGUACAAUCUGGGCUUCAUCGGGCCUGAGCUGAGCGACGUCUCAGCACAGAACUCAGACACGCCUCUGCUGCCGCCUGAGGUGCCCUGACCUUGCGCCCUUCUGAGUGGCUCCCCACCUGCCUGCCUCCUGCCCUGCCGCCCUCAGUGCUUCUCCUUUUCCCCCACAUGGGGCCAUGGGGCAGUCACCAGGGAGCGCUGGGGAGUGGGGGCCUGUUCCUGACUGGGCUGGCCCUAGGGGCCUCGCUCCCUCCCAGCAGCUCCUCCGCUCUCCCCACUGGUGUCUAGUAUUGGGCCUCUCUGUGGGUGGGGUGGAGGACAGGGCCUAAGUCCCAGGAAGACCCCCUGGACUCAUGGGUCUGAUCAGGCCCUGUGGAGGCCGGCAGUUCUGGGGAAAGAGGGAGGACAGGUUAGGUCCCCUGGGGACACAGCCAGUUAGUCCAUUCCAGACUGAGAAGCUUCCAUCUUGGCCAAGCUUGGGCUUCUUCCCUCUGCAGCAGUGAGACGUACUUCACCUUCCUUACCCGGCAGGGCUGAGGGCAUCCACGUGGGUGGACCCAGAGUGGGGUGGAGGCAUAGGCUGGAGCCAGGCCUCUGGCCAGCUCUGGGGAGCCCUGGCCGGAACACGGGGUAGCAGGGCAGAGGGGGAGCAGGUGGUUUUCCAUCUGCAUGCCCCUUCAGUGAAGCAGGGCUAGGCUUGCUUUCCCAGAGCCCCUGAGUGGUGGUAAGGGGGGGGGGGGAGCCCUGAGCAGCUCCAACCCCACUUCAGCAAUGGCUCCACAGGGGCAGGUUUUGGGGGAAGAGGAUUAGCUCAGGAAUGGGGCUUCUGGGGACUGCUGAACCUGGUGCGCAGGGUCAGAAGAAGGCGAGGCCCAGAUGGGGAAACUGUGAGUGGAGCAGGUAACCAGGCCAGGUCCACAGGACCUGGGGCUCCAGACUGAGACCGAGGUGCUGGUGAGGCUAGGUUCCUAGAGGGAGAGCAGAAGGCCCCCAUCCUGACCUGCAGGCUGUAAGGGUGGGGGCUAGGGUGAGUCCUGGGUAGGGCUGCGGCCUCCACUGGCCUCUCCCAAACUACCCCAGGCCCUGAGCACACUUUGUGUCCAGGGUCUCAAGUGGGCCCGCACCUGGCCUUUGAGAAGCCCUAGACCCUGAAAUCCCAUCCGCAGUUCUGCUCUGAAGGGAACACUCAGACCCCUCAGGCAGGUGGGCGGGGCACGUCCACCCCUUCAGUGCCGGGGUGUGUUCCUAAGUGGUGAACAGAUGUGGGAGGGAGGGAAAGUGAGUCAGCUGAGGCAUUUGUCCUCCAUCAGCCCCCAACCUAUGGGACUUGUGGUCAUUACCAUGGGGGGCUCCUGUAUUUUCCCACCUUUUCCCUUGAUGCUUCCUCUGCUGGAGGCAGGGGAAGGCUCCCAGAUUACCAGCUAUCCAAAAUACUGACCUAAUGGGUCAAGACCCCAGGCCCUAAUUACACAGUGGACCCCCACCCUGGCCCUGGCUGUAGGUCCCUAACACCCCUCAUCUCUACCUCGGCCUGUGACGUCUGG